UGGGUUGGGUGCUGGGGAGUUCAAAUUGCAGCUACAAACUGGCUGGCAGCCAGGGGCCGUCUAUUUAAAAGCGCCUGCUCGACCGGAGCCCGUAGUCUCUUUGGAAACUUCUGCCGGGGAAAAGAGCUAGGAAAGAGCUGCAAAGCGGUGUGGGGUUUUUCCUUUUUUCUGCUCCUUUUAAUAACCCCCUCCUCCGUUUGCACCCUUCUCCGGGCUUCACGCAGAACCUACGAAUCUCGGAGAGGUGGUGGCAGAGUGCGAGCAAAGAGGUGUUAGAGUUUUGGAUUCGGGGCUUUUUUUUUUUUUUUUUUUCUUGAUUUCGACAUUCUCCCCCACCCUCGCGGCUGCAGCCGCCGCCUCUUACCUGUUCCGCGGCAGCCGCGCGCCGCUGGCAGCGGAGGGUUAGAAAGGAGCAGGGUGUAUAGAUCUUAAAACAAAAUUUUUGAAGACAAAUCCAUUUUUCUCCCCCAACCCCCGUCUCCUCCACGGCCUCCGAGAUCUAUAUUCCGGUGGUUGCUUUGGGGGGAACAAUUUUUGGCUUUCCCCCCUGCAAUUCUGACCAGGUGAGGCUUGUUUCUCCACUCCCUCCGCGUGCACCUGGCGCUGCUCUUUUCCCCUCAACCUGUUGCAAGUUGUUAAUCCUUGCAACUGGGACUUGCUUGCAGGCACCCGAGCCCUCCAUCUCUCUCCACAUUUUGCAGUUGUCUGGGGAAGGGCACCUGCUCUACCUGCCAGAAAUUUUUUAAAAAAAGAAAUUUCCCCGGGCGCCCUCUCGGCCCCUUGCUCCCUGCACUCUCGCUCUCCUGCCCCGCCCCAAGGUAACGGGGGAGACUCGGAGAAGAUGGUGCUCACCGCGGUCCUCCUGCUGCUGGCCGCCUGUGCGGGGCCGGCCCAGGGCCUGGGCUCCUUCGUGCAUUGCGAGCCCUGCGACGAGAAAGCCCUCUCCAUGUGCCCCCCCAGCCCCCUGGGCUGCGAGCUGGUCAAGGAGCCGGGCUGCGGCUGCUGCAUGACCUGCGCCCUGGCCGAGGGGCAGUCGUGCGGCGUCUACACCGAGCGCUGCGCCCAGGGGCUGCGCUGCCUCCCCCGGCAGGACGAGGAGAAGCCGCUGCACGCCCUCCUGCACGGCCGCGGGGUUUGCCUCAACGAAAAGAGCUACCGCGAGCAAGUGAAGAUCGAGAGAGACUCUCGCGAGCAUGAGGAGCCCACCACCUCCGAGAUGGCAGAGGAGACCUACUCCCCCAAGAUCUUCCGGCCCAAGCACACCCGCAUCUCCGACCUGAAGGCUGAGGCAGUGAAGAAGGACCGCAGAAAGAAGCUGACCCAGUCCAAGUUCGUGGGGGGAGCCGAGAACACUGCCCACCCCCGUGUCAUCUCAGCACCUGAGAUGAGACAGGAAUCUGAGCAGGGCCCCUGCCGCAGACACAUGGAGGCUGCCCUGCAGGAGCUGAAAGCCAGCCCGCGCAUGGUGCCCCGGGCCGUGUACCUGCCCAACUGCGACCGCAAAGGAUUCUACAAGAGAAAGCAGUGCAAGCCCUCCCGUGGCCGCAAACGUGGCAUCUGCUGGUGCGUGGACAAGUACGGGAUGAAGCUGCCGGGCAUGGAGUAUGUCGACGGGGACUUUCAAUGCCACACCUUCGACAGCAGCAACGUUGAGUGAUGCUCCCCUCCCCGACCUUCCCUCGCCCCCUCCCACCCCAGCCCCGUCUCCAGCCAGCGCCUCCCUCCACCCCAGGAUGCCACUCAUUUCAUCUCAUUUAAGGGAAAAAAAAAUACAUAUAUCUAUCUAUUUGAGGAAACGGA